UUCUUAUUUAUGACAUUAAUAAUAUGAGAUGAGAAGAAUUAAAAUAAUUAUGCAUGAUGAAAAUUAUAAGAUAAAUAUGGGUAAAAUUUUCCCAUACAAUGGAAAGCAUUAGGAACGAUACCUAUAAAAAGGUUGAAUUAUUUCUAUUCAAUUUGACACUGGCAAUUAAUAGAAUUAUGCCUAAUACGUUUAGGUUCAAAUUUUUCGAACGAACAUUCUUCUAUUGUUUAUUUUCUGUCGAAUUUCAACAAGUGCUUUGUGCAGUUAUUGUAGUUUUUUGUGUUUAAAGUGAUUUCUGUGGGUUUUCUGAUGUUGUAUUGCACUUGUGGUGAAACUAUAAGAAAUGCCCAAGUGUUUUAUGAACUCCGUGCGGCCGUUAAGAGGAUUUUUCAUUCAUAACUCAGAUGAAGUAAUAAAAUCAUCUCGAGGGCCAAAAAUGUCGCUAAAAAAACAGAAGACUCUUUUAAAAAACAACGAAACCAUAUACAACGACAAAGUACCAAUUUCCACGCGCUUUUAUCUCCAACUUUUAAAGAAAAGUCAGUUCCUAUCGCAUUUUAUUGACAAUGAGAACUACGACUACGCAUCUGAAACCGAAAAGCCGAUUAUUUCAGAGGUUAAUAAGAAAAAUAAUACGAAUCAAAAACGUGAAGCCGAUAAAUCCACGUACAAUCUACGAUCUUCCGAAAGAACGGUAAGGAAAGUAUUCUGCGAAAAACCUAGAAGACGGAAAAAGAAGAUUAUAGAAGCACAAGAGAAGACCAUUGAGAAAAAAAUUAUAAAAGAGCCUCUUGCUCCAAUAAUAGAAGAGUUGAAAAGCAGGGAACCUCUUAAAAGUUCAUUUAGAGGAUCUGAAAUCGACAAAAUUGCAGAAAAGCUUAAAAGCCUGGUACGCAGUAAUGAAGAAGAGAAGCUAACUAAAGAGUUACUGUACUGCAAAGAGUCAUUUGAGAAGGAGAAUUUGGUUCCUGAUGGCAAUAAUACAGUCUUGAAAGAGGAGAUCAAAAACGAUACAGAGCUGAAGAAAACAACAUCAAAUACCAAUGCUGAUUAUAAAUGUGCUGAAGAACGGCGUCCAAGACCAUGCCACGUGUGUUCGUACUGCGGCAAAAGCUUUGACAGGCCGUGGGUGCUCAAAGGACAUCUGCGCCUGCACACUGGCGAGAGGCCAUUUCCAUGUCCAUACCCACAUUGCGGUAGAACCUUCGCUGAUCGUUCAAAUCUUCGCGCCCAUCAACGCACUCGUGGACAUCACUCGUGGCAAUGGCGUUGCCAACAUUGCGGCAAAGCUUUCAGCCAGAACAGAUACUUGGAGAGACAUAGAGCUGACGCUUGCAAAAAAUAUAAGCUUAAUACAAGGCAAGCCCACAGUACAACUCUACCUAACAAGGAAAGCAUUCCACUUUACGGUGUUAUACGAAGAAAUGUACUUUCUAAACCAGAUGUGAAUAUUUAUUGUAAGGAUUUUAAUGAAGAGCCAAUAGAUUUGUCGAUUCGCAAAAGAAUGGAUUGACCCCAA